GAAAGAGAGGGAGAGGGAGGAAGACAGAUUAAACAGACUGAACACAACUGUUGUUUUAAUCCUCUGAGCGGAUAGAUUUAGAGGAGAAAAAACUACUGGUUCGAUGAAGAGCAGCCAUAUUGCAUGGACCAUUCUGGGAAUAUCAGGUCUCAUUCGAGGAGGAAUACGCGGAUCUCAGAGUUCAAGAGAACGCAUCCAGACUUCAGGACUACCGUCUUGACGAUAAUUUUACAGAGGAAUUCAUUAUUCAACUAGAGUUUUUUUUUUUUUUCAUAUUCAUUAUUUAUUUAUUUUAUUGUUGGAUAGUGCCAACGAACAUAUUUAAAGAUGAAGGACCGAUUGGAACAACUAAAGGCGACAUGUGAUCAUGAUGAUGAUGAUGUCGAAAUCGCUGUAGACAACCCUGCUUUCAUGGAUGAAUUCUUCGCCCAGAUUGAAGACAUCAGGAGCAGUAUUGAUAAGAUUGAUGAGAAUGUGGCCGAAGUGAAGAAACUUUACUCAGUUAUUCUGUCUGCCCCAACAUCAGACCAGAAAACACAGGAUGAUUUGGAGGCACUAACUAACGAAAUCAAGAAAAUGGCCAACAAUGCUCGUAACAAACUGAAGACCAUUGAAAGAAAUCUUGAGACUGAAGAAAUGGAAAGAGUAUCGGCUGACAUGAGAAUACGCAAAUCACAACAUGCUAUUCUUUCCAGGAAGUUUGUUGAUGUGAUGACCAAAUACAGUGAAGCUCAGGUGGACUUCAGAGAGAAGAGCAAAGGUCGCAUUCAGAGACAAUUAGAGAUCACUGGUAAAGCCACAACUGAUGAAGAGCUGGAGGAGAUGCUGGAGGGGGGGAAUGCUGCCGUUUUCACAGCAGGGAUUGUGGAUUCAGGGAUCUCUAAACAAGCAUUGAGUGAGAUUGAAGCUCGUCACAAAGACAUUGUGCGUCUGGAGAGCAGCAUAAAGGAACUGCAUGACAUGUUUCAGGACAUCGCAAUGUUGGUGGAGAGCCAGGGGAACAUGGUUGAUAACAUUGAGUUGAAUGUGGGCAAAGCAGUUGAUCACAUUGAAGUAGCAAAGGCUGAAACAAAGAAAGCAGCCAAGUACCAGAGCAAAGCCCGGAAGAAGAUGAUUAUACUGGGUGUGAUUGGUGUCAUUGUACUCGUCAUCAUCAUCAUUAUCAUCAUCACACAGGUUGUAUAAUAACCUCUCCAUCAGCACUCCAUCUCCUCUGUGGCUACACACAAAAACUCAAUUAUUACGAUUUAUCAUCUUCCCCUGUCUUCGGCAUUCUCUGUCUUUUUCCUUGGAGUCAAGAAGACAACAAAUGCUCCACCCCCUUCAUCUGUGGCCCUUCCCCUCAUCAGCAUAAACCAAUGGGAAACCACUCUCUUGGAACCUUAGUGAUGGUCAAGGAAACAGAUACUGAUUUUUUGUAAGGAUGUAACGGAUUAAGGAACUUGUGCUACAUGCCACGAAGGGCAUUUAAAUUAAUCUUUUUAAACUGACAAUUUCAUGAGCACAGAAUAAGGGAUUUUUUUGUUUUACCAAUGAAGACUUGCAAAGGGAAUGAUAACCUGCAUUUCAUGCCUUAAUGUUUUUAUUACACUCUAUGUUCUUAAGACACAUGGAAACAUCUACAGGAUGAGCUACUGAACUGUUUUUGAUCAAAAGAGAUUAGAGUCAAUGAUGAUUUAAGCUUUUAUUCUGGGACCCUGUGAAAUGGACUGAAUGGAGUAAGUGAAGCAUGGAUGGGUCAUUCAGAAUGGAAGCCCACAUCUGAGACUGAUUUCUGAGUAAUGAUGGAUGUAUGUUUUUCUUUUUUUUAAUGUGAUAAACCAGUGUAUGUAAAAAAAACUUUUAGCAAAUUACUUAAUUAAAUGUUAUAUUUAUUAAGUAUGUUGUAAAUGUAAGAGAAAUGGAUGGAUGGAUGGAUGGAUGGUCAUUAUUAGCAAUGGUGCCAUUUGUGCUAGAAUCUUUCAGAAUGUUUUUAUUGAUCACUUAAUUUAUAUUAGGGCCUUAAACAGCGUAGACUUUGGAGACCACUAUAGAGGAAGCACCAGAUUGGUUGUCAAUUAAUAUGGGGUUUUCAAUUGCCAUUUUUAAACCAUUGCCACUAAUCCUAAAUAUGUGGUUACAGCCUUACGCAGUACCAACAGUACUUUGUAGUUUCUUACCCUAAAGCACUACAUUAUUUCAACCCCAUAACAGUGCGCUCAUACAUUGAAUUUGUCAACUGACCACGUUUUGGUAGUAUCACUCAGUUUCGGCAUGCCACGCAAUAAAUCACAUACUGCAAUUGAAAAAAUAUACAAUAACGACCCAUUGCAAAAUAUGCUUUUUAAUGCCUGUAAAAAAUCGACCACUCAAGACUGUAAGAGAAACUUAACUUUAUUUGAACUAUGUGGUCAAACAAAUCAUGUCACUCCUUUAAAUAUGAUAUCAGAAAGGGAAAUUUCACAGCAUGACUGGGUUAAACAGUGAGACAAAGACACAUUUAUCUAAAUACAUAGACAGUGAAAGCAUGAUAUUUAAAUUGCAAUAAAAGAAAAAUUAUGUUAGAAUUGUAGAAUUGAAUCAUUUUUUUAUUCUACUGUAUAUAACUCAUUGAAAUGUAAUGGUGAUGACAGUGGAAAUGCACACUGCAAGAUAGAUAAAACAGAGUUUACAGCAGAUUAUUUUAAGGAUACUGUAAAAAUAUAGUAAUUUUGAAUGGAUACUGAACUGUUGAUUAUCCUCAUAAAUAUAUCAGUAGUACGUCAUGAAGACACAUAAAACAAAUGGCACUGUUUUGUUUUUUAAAAAUUAAUCAUGGAUGGAUGUGUUGGAUCCAUGAAGGGCAGAAUCGUCUUUCAUGGAUGACAUAAAAUUAUUUAUACUGUACAGCCAGCGACUAUUUAAUGGGAAGGUAGUCCAAGAAAGAUCAAACUGAAGAUCAUGUGUAUGACUAUACAUUAUAGAUGUUCAUGAUCUCAGCAUUAGGGAAAAGUAACUCAUCUCAUCCUUGUUAAUAGGAAUCUGUAGAAGGUCCCUAUUGAAAGGCAGAACAAACAUUUAAUUUAGAGAUGGACCAUGUACAGGUUCUGAUGGAGUAGAGGAGGCUGAUACAUCUUUUCAUUGAAUCACCUGACCACCAGCUAAAUGAGGGCACUGUGUGUGACUCUAAAUGAUAGCAUGUCUCAUUUAUAUUUUCAGAUAAUAGACUACAAUGAACAAGUCAGGAAAUGUGUGCAUUUAUAUAGCCUACAUCAAUUAGAGUAAUAAGAAAUAAAACCUCUAUAUCUGUGAAACGAUCACAUAUUAUCUAGUUAGUGAAGAAGAAUAACAAGUAAUUAAUUGCUUAUGCUUUUAAUUGGCAUACAUUACUGUCAUGUAUUAUCCUGUCGUGUUUCACCUUGCUCAUUAGUUUUCACUUUUGUCCUUUAUUUAACUCCAUAGUCUCCUUGUUAGCGUUCGUGUUCACUGUCAUUGUUCUCACCUGUGUCUUGUUUGUAAUCAUCCUGCCUUGUGUGUAUAUAACCCUGCACGUUCCUCCAUUACCUGGUCAUUUGUUGAAUGUUGUCAAGCCUGAUCUGUGGUUUCCUGCCUGAGUUCUUAGUUUAUGUUUGUUUCCCCAUCGAGGGUUUUUCCUUUGUGUUUGUUUAAUAAAUAAAGAAGCCUGCAUUUAGAUCCUCUCUCCUCACUGCCUCAUUCCUAACAGAACGAUCAACCAACAAUGGAUCUAGCAGGGUUCCUCACGGAGCUGACACAGGCGGACCUGUCUGUCCGGGAGUUCUCACACUUCUUCACCAGUGUGGCCAGUUACACCGGCUGGGAUGACCACACUUUAAAGUUGGCGUACUGGUUCGGUGUACCCAAACACCGAUGGUGGGAACUUCCGGAGACUGCACCUGGCGGGAGUACGUGGGACUCAUCAUGGAGGAGUUCGCUGCCGGGGAACCACCUCUCCAGAUCCCAGCUCCCGCCUCUGGGCUUUCCUCGCCAACCACGGUGCGUGAGCCAACAACCACGGUGCGUGAGCCAACCCCCACGCCUGCCGUGGUCAAUGAACCAGCGCUGCUAACUUCACCCGCCCGGAGGAGGAGGAGAAGAAAGGCCUCUGCUCUCCAGCCUCCGCUAACCACGGCCAACCAGCCAGCGCCUGUGGCCUCCGAUGUCAGUGAGCCAGCGCCUGUGGCCUCGACCGUCCAAGAGCCAGUACCUCCCGAGCUUCCCAGAGCUCUGCCUCCUGAGCUCCGCCUACCGAGCUUUCCAGAGCUCUGCCCCAGAGACUCUGCCCCCCUGAGCCUCCCUUGGCUCCGCCUCUCGAGCCUUCCAGGGCUUCGCUUCUGGAGCGUCCUACGCCGCCACCUCCCUCGGCGCCACCUCCAGAACCUUCCAGACCUCCGCCUCUAGAGCCUCCUACGGCGCCACCUCCAUCGGCUCCUUCUCUAGAGCCUCCUACAGUGCCACCUCCAUCGGCUCCGCUUCCAGGUCUCCGCCUCUAGAGCCUCCUACAGCGCCUACUUCCACGCCUCCGCCUGCAACGGCUCCACCUCCCACGGUUCGGCCUCCUGAACCUGUCCCCGUCCUAGGGCCACCUCCCAGGCUUCCUGUCCUGUGGUCGCCUCCCAGGCCUCCUGAACCUGUCCCCAUCCUGUGGCCGCCCCCCGUGCCUCCUUGGACUGCCUGUCUGCCCCCCGUGCCUCCUUGGACUGCCUGUCUGCCCCCCGUGCCUCCUUGGACUGCCUGUCUGCCCCCCGUGCCUCCUUGGACUGCCUGUCUGCCCCCCGUGCCUCCUUGGAUGGCCUGUCUGCUCUGUGCCCCCUUGGACUGCCUGUCUUGUGCCACUUUGGUCUGUCUGUUUGCCCCUUGUGCUCCCUUGGUCUGUCUGUUUGCCCCUUGUCCCCUCUUUGGCCUGCCCCCCCCCUUCACUCCUUGGACUAAUAUAUAUAUUUUUUUUUUGAGGAGCGUCUGGAAGCCGCUCCUUUUGAGGGGGGGGUUAUGUCACGAUUCCCUUGUUGUCUGCCCUGGGUCUCACUUGUCUUUGUCAGGAACUACACUUCCCAUGAUCCUCGGCCCUCAUCACUGCCAGCCCUGUGUCAUGUCUCCAGUGUAUAUAACCCUGUUUGUUCUCCAUUCCCUUGUCGAUCGUCGAUGUUUUUGGAUGCUUGUUUCCGUGCCCUUUGUUUAUCCUGUCUGUUAAACCUUCGUAUGUUUUUCCGUGUUUGUUUCUUUCAAUAAAGAACCUGCAACUAGAUCCUCGUCUGCCUUCCAGCUCAUCAUAACAAUUACCUACAUAUUGAUACUAUGGGAUGUCAUUUUAUAAAUAACAUUAAUAUUAAUUGACUGAAGGAACUGCAAAUAGAAUGUGGGUGCUAUAAUCAUUUUAUUCUAUGAUCUUUUUUGAAAAAAAAAAUGAUUUAUUAGAAGGGCUAAAUAUAUAAAGCCCUGUGUUCACAGUGAAUAGUGUGGGAGACUUUUCCAAUGUGUUCUGCUUUAAAACAAUAUUAUAGUAUUAAAACCUUCCCAUUAAAAGUUAAAGCACAAUGUGCACAGUUUCUUCACUUUUGAAUGCAAAUCUUCAGUGUGAGACUGGAAAUGCAGGAGUAAAGAAGAUUUGUGAUUUAAAGAUUGCAGUUUACUGUAAUAUUGUUUUAAAAGUAUAAUAUUGUGCGUGAUCUGAACUUUAAAAGGGCACGCAUGCACUGACAGCUUCUGAAACAUACUAACAUCUACCUGAAAUAAACUAACUCUGGAACAUAACCUACUCUGAAGAUUUUUUCACAUUUAGAGUGAUGCAAAAGACCAUUUGAAUGGUCUGAAUUGAGCAGUCUGGACUGUUCUGGUGGGUUGAAACCAUCUCCCAUUGUGGUUUGAAUCAGAUUCAUAAAAAUCUGAUUUCAUGUGUUUUUUUUUCAUAAACUCAUCUGGAUACAAUUUGGAUAUGCAAAAAAUCAGAUUUUUAGUGGCAGUCUGAACAAAGCCUAGGCUGGUCGCUUGACAUUGUCAGUUUGCUCGUUCCUGUUGCGUGUCCUCAACCUGGCAACCCGUGUGAGCUUUGAGUCUGGGGAGGAGGGGGCGGGGAGACAACUCUCUCCAAUAUUUUGAAUUUGGUCUUUAGUACCCAUUUGAAAUGCUUGAUGACAAUGUUACAUAUUGCUCCAUCAAUCUAUCUUAUACUUACACAGGUGAAGGUAAAAAGAUUGUCAAACUGAGCAGGCUUGUAAUCUGUAUAUAUUUCUUAAAAAGCAGAAUUAUGUUAUCUGUAAUAACUAGCAGUUAUGCAUGUAUUGUUAGUCAGUGACCAACGUUAUAGUAGCAAAAAUGUAGAAUCUGUAUUCUUGACCACAGCCGACGGUGAGUCCUCUCUCAGCCUUAAACACAGAUACACAUACACACAGCCCUUAAACCCAGACUUUUCCUUUGUUUUAUUCCUCUGUCCCCCUUUUGUCAGUUUAAAGGAGUUAUGCAUUAGAUGUGCUGCAUGAGAAACUAAUAACAAGACAUAUUAAAAUAAAAGGAUUGUUGGUCCACUAAAGAUUACAUUUACUUGCAUGUAUUUCUGUCUCUUUCCCAUGUGCCAUCUCUAACUUUUUCCUGCUCUCUCUUUUUAUUUAUAUUACUACUCUUUCCAUCAUUCACUCUUUCUCUAUGUAGAAGAAAAUGAUGAUCAUGCUUUGCUGUGCAAUUCUGGGGAUUGUUGUCUUUUCUUACCUUUACAGCUUCUUUUCCUAAUGGUAAGUGUUGAAGUGAAAUAUCUAGUAUUUACAUUAAACUUUGUUUUUAA